GCCUCCCCCUGGUUUCAGCCCGGAGCUUGGCCAGACAAUGGAGGCGCUGCUCGCCAGGAAGCCGCACGACAGGCCCUCCAAUCGGGACCUGCUGAGGGGUCCCCUGCUGCGCCCACACUUCCAGGGCUUCAUGGCGAGCCUGCGAGGCGAGUGGCGCACCUCUUCUGCAAGUCCCGCAGAAGGUUCUCCGACGCACGGGCUGGAGGAAGCGGCAGACGAGAUGCAGGUCGACGCCUGCCUUCGUCCUGAGGGAAGCCCCGAAGACUCGUUGCACUUGCCGAGCGUUGAG